AGGUUGUGCUGUCUGGCAGCCAAGACAAAAAGGAGGGAGGAAAGGAGAUCGUGUUGACGAAUUCAUCUUCCGAGGCGCUCAUAUCAGCUAAACAAGAUGAUAAACUUGACAGUUAACUACCACCGACCAUCCUCAACUGUCGACUCUCAAACCGUCGACGGUGCCUAUCUUGUUCAUGAUCAAGUGGUUCCCAAUGGCGUCAAUGGCAUCGCAAAACGUCACGUUGUCGUAUUCAGGCAACGCAGGUUCAAGAAGAACAAAUACAUGGUUAUGGCCGCCAUUUUCUUUGUAGUUGUCGUCUUGCUGAUUGUGGGCUUGAUCGCAGGUGUUUACCAUCCUGGUUUCGAAACAGACUCAGACUCUUCAUCUUUAUCCUCCUCAUCUCCAGUGUCUACACCAGAUCACAGCAGUCACGUCCCACCUUCGACCACCCUACCUAACCAGUUGAAUUGUGGGACUCGGCCUGGCUUUACUACGAGGCACAGACGUGUGGUACAUGGGCGGGCCUCAGAGAUAGGCCAAUGGCCGUGGCAAGUUUUCAUCCGGGAAAACGACGGAUAUGUGUGUGGCGGUGUUAUUGUUGAUCCUCAGUGGGUAUUCACAGCUGCACAUUGUGUGACUCUCUUUGACAAAUCACGGAGAGCACAAGCUGCUGACAUCACGGUAGUUGCAGGUUCGAUUCAUCGGGAAACCUACGACGAAGGAACCCAGGAGCGAUCUGUUAUUAGAUUCAUUGUUCAUCCAGGGUAUUCAAAAGAAUCAGUGCUAUUCAACUACGAUAUGAUAUUGUUAAAGCUUGACAGGCCGUUUGAAAUAACUGAUCAUGUGAGGACUAUUUGUUUGGAAUCUCUUAUAAAUUCAGACUUGUAUGAUCCGGGGAAAAAGUGCAUAGUCGCAGGUUGGGGCUUUACCGCUCGAAGAGAAUUUCCUUUUGACGAAAAUACUGAAUUAGUUUAUGCUGAGAUCCCCCUGAUUAAACCCAAAGAAUGCUUUGAGUGGGCCUCAAGAAUCAGCAGAAAACAAGAGCUACAAAUAACACCACAACGGCUUUGCGCAGGUUAUGAGGAUAAUAGACAACUCUUGGCACACAUUAGCGUACCAUGUCGGGGCGACAGUGGAAGUCCAUUAGUUUGUGAAGAUACUUUAUCAGAAUCAUGGCACCUAAUAGGUCUCGUUUCAUCUGGUCCCAAAUGCGGCGAAGUUAGUUAUUUCACAAAUGUGUCUGCCGUCUCAGACUUCUGGCACAUCAUAUACAACGAGACUGCUUUACCACCCAUUGAUUUUGACUGCAAAAAUGGAAAUGGAUCGAUUCCACUGGAAUGGAUGUGUGACGGAUUUGUGGAUUGUUUAGACAUGUCGGAUGAAACAGAAUGUGAAUGUACAGAGCGCCAAUUUCAGUGUGAUAACGGGCGUUGUAUCUUGGAUCAAUUGCGAUGUGACAGCAUUGACACAUGUGGUGAUGGCAGCGACGAAAGGGAUUGUUCGUAUUUCAACUGCUCGGACGGUCAGCUUGUAUCAGAAACGGCUGUUUGUGACGGCUUUUAUGACUGCAGUAAUAUGCGAGACGAGAGCAACGAUAUUUGUCACUACAACCCUGAGACCCACUACGCAUGUCCAGAAGGAAUAAGGAUACAGCACUCGUGGCUUUGUGAUGGUCGUAAAGAUUGUGAGAAUGGAGAGGAUGAAGACGGAUGCGAUUGUGCAUCACACCAGUUUGCAUGUGACAACCGAUGUAUACAUGGGCACUAUGUUUGUGAUGAGGUAUUCGACUGUGAUGACGGAAAAGAUGAGCAAAAUUGCACUUGCAGCGAGGACAAGUUCUUUUGCGGAGCAGCUGGUCUUUGUUGGGAUAAUAAAAUGAAGCAGUACUGUGAUCAGAGAAGAAAUUGUAUUCAAGAUACCUUAAUGCCAGGCAUUACGUGUGAUAUAUUCGAUUUUUGUGCAAGUGAAGAUCAAUUAUCGACUUGUCAAAGCUUACUCGAUAAUGUUCGUAACAAGACGCAAGUGGGAAAUGGCGGUUGAUCAUGGAUAACAUUUGGAUAUUUCUUUAGCUGUUCAUUUGAUGGAGGUUUCUAUCCCAGUCUCUUUCCGUAUUUAUCUACAAAAGUUCACAACCCAUUCACACGCCGGUAGACUUUUUUCAGCCAAAACUCAUUGAUGUUUGUCACUCCAAAUAAGAUUUGCUUUCUUAAAUGUCAUCAGCUGAGAACUAGGAGGUCGCUAUACCAUUGAUAAUCUAUAGUGAUAACGCCCUUCUAGCUCUCUACAAAGUGGUGAAAAAUAUUACAAUAAAUAAAAUACAUGUAAAAGUCAUCAGGCUUAAAAUGACAUUUGCUCCGGCGACAAUAUUGUUCCGCUCUAAAUUCCAUACACUUAUCGAAUGACCAACUUCAACCCUGGGUUUAACACUAUACCCUCUCCUAUAAACCUAAGAUAAAACCCUAUUGCAACCCUAACCCUAUAUCUCAGACGAUAUUAAUCCCGAAGCAAUUGUCGCAGGAACAAAUGUCGUGUCACCAGAGAGAGAGUCUGUGGUAAGAUUAUGGUGGGAUAGCGAUAGGUACAUUCCAAAAAGUGUUACAUUAAUUUUCCCAUCCACUUAAUCCAAUGUUAAUGAAAUUAUUGAUUGAAGAAAAGAUGACUGCUCAAAAUAAACAAAAACUUUAUAUAUAGAACAUCCAUUCUAUGGACUUACUGAUAUUGAAGUUAUAAAAUUAUCAACUGAAUAUAUAUAUAUAUAUUCAGUUUAUUGUAUCCCUGAGGAAGACGUAUGUUUAACGUCGAAAAUUUGGAAUUUAAAAUAAACUGUUGG